CCCCUACUAUGUUCCUAUCCUUUCUCGCGGCUUUCACAUCCAGGAGCUAGCGGCCCUCCUCUCUCAAACUUAUUAUAAGGAUAUCUUCUUUCAAGAAGAGAGAGGGGGCUUGAAGAACUGGUCUCACCUUGGCCCGUUUCUAGUUUAUGUUUUCCGCCUUGAGCGAAUACUUGAUCUUUAGCCAAAUCCACUGACGUCUGAGACCUCCUCAAUCGCUCUGUGGCGCCCAAGAGAGAAAGAAAACUUCCGAGGAAGAACUCAUGGCGGAAUUUUCAAAACCAGAUUUUGGAGAAGUGAAAUUGAGUGCUCCAGCGAUGAGUUUCGCCCAUCAAGAAGAAGAUGGAAGCAAGACGGAGGCGUCCGAUGGCUUCGUCGCCAUCGAUAUCGGAGUCCUCUCGGCUCUCUCCGCCAAAAACGAUAAGGACUCCACUUCCAGCCCACGAGACUCCAUGGUGAAAAAUCUUUCGCGAAAAGGAUCUCAGCGAAGCGGUGGACGCUUGGAGCGGAAGGCGGCGGAGGUAGAGACCGCCAACUCCUCUCCUGGUGGGCCCGGUGGGGCUGAGAAAACGCCAGCUUGGGUGCACGUGGCAGGUGAGAGGGAGUCGUCCGGAUUGAUUCAGGCGACGACCCCAACAGCGUCUGGAGGGAGGUGCAGGAGACCCUCGAGAAAGCAAGCCCCGUGGCUUGACCCGAGGAGGGUUCUGGUCUUCUUCGCCACCUUGUCCAGCAUGGGAACGCUGAUACUGCUGUACUUCACAAUCUCCAUGGGCAAGAUGGCCGGCAGUGACGACAACUCCCAAUGAUGUGGAUCCCCACCGCUCCACACUGUGUUCCACCUACUGCUCAACAAUAAUAUUUUCUUUUCAGCAUGCUUGGAAUUUUGCCAUCCCACUCCACAGAUACGAUGGAGUUCAAAAGGAGAUGUGGAAUAUGAAAUGAAACCAAGAGGAGCUGACAAAGUAGAAGACUGACGGGAAAAAAUAAUAAGUACAGUUUGGUGGGAGUAGUAGAAAGAGGGAGUAUGAGAAAGAGAUAGGUAGGAGGAAAGGAGAUGCAGAGAUGGAAAUGUGUUACAGUAUGUUAUUUACAGUGCAUUCCUUUUUUUUUUUGUCUGUCCCGACCGAGGUGCAUGGAUCACCAGUUUCUUCUAUUCUUCUGUUUAUGUAUAGUAGAUUGGCUUGAUGCAACUCUUCCACUUGUUCUUUCCCUUUGUUUUAAAUAAUCUUUGGAGA